CUGCAGCGCAGGCUUUGGGUGGUGGCUGGUGUUCGGGUUGAAGUGUUUGGUCAGGGGGAACUUGUCUGGUAUUUGUUUAAUUUGCAGUUGUUUUUAUUUCUCCCUUCUCGCAUCCCUCCUGACCUUAUAUUUUUCACCAAAUUAACUUUUUUUGGAGACUCUGAAACUUUAUCUGGAAGAUGCAGGCAAUCAAAUGUGUGGUAGUGGGGGAUGGAGCCGUGGGUAAAACCUGCCUCUUGAUCAGCUACACUACAAAUGCCUUUCCUGGAGAGUAUAUCCCAACUGUGUUCGAUAACUAUUCCGCCAAUGUAAUGGUGGACGGGAAGCCGGUGAACCUGGGGCUAUGGGAUACAGCCGGACAAGAGGAUUACGACAGACUUCGACCGCUCUCCUACCCACAGACAGAUGUUUUCUUGAUCUGCUUUUCAUUAGUCAGUCCCGCAUCGUUUGAAAACGUCCGCGCCAAGUGGUAUCCAGAGGUGAGGCAUCACUGUCCCAGCACUCCCAUCAUCCUCGUGGGCACCAAGCUAGAUCUGAGGGACGAUAAGGACACCAUUGAGAAGCUGAAGGAGAAGAAGCUGGCUCCCAUCACGUAUCCGCAAGGGCUGGCCAUGACGAAGGAGAUCGGUUCCAUGAGGUAUCUGGAGUGCUCUGCCCUCACCCAGCGAGGACUGAAGACCGUGUUCGAUGAGGCCAUUCGGGCCGUUCUUUGCCCUGCCCCUGAGGAGAGGUCCAAGAAGAAGUGCCUGCUGCUGUAAAGUUGUAUGGAGGCCACCUACCUGUUAACCAAACCAAGGAAUUCUACCGGAGGAUUUCUCUUCAAGUCUAAUGUGGACUAUUGAUGCAAUUUUUGUAACAUUUGGUGUUUUUUUUGUAACAUUUGGUGUUGUGAUAUGAUAGUUUAAUUAUGUUUCUUAAAAAAAAGAGAUUUCACUGCAUUUUUUUAAUGGUAAAUUUUACCUCGAUUCAAAAAUAAAUCUUUAUUUUUGCUUGUGAAUUCAAUGCCAAUCGUAUCACGAUUGAGCAAGAUUAAUGAAUCAGCUGAUGGGCGUAUAUAGCAGCCUAAUGUUGAAAAACAUAGCACAAGAUAUGUGAACAAAAAACUUUAAAAAAAAUUAUUUCCCUCUACUCGCUGGGCUCUCCUUCCCCACUCCCCAUUAAGCCAAAUGUACACCACAGGGUUUUGAUCUGCAAAAAUUACAGGUUUAUGCAGGUUUUGCUAAACAACUUAAUACUGGGAACAAAAAAUCAUCUGUCAUGGCUGAACACUCCUAAAUUGACCUUGGCAAAAGUCCUGCCUAUAUUACAGAAUAAACUUUAGCAGUGUUGCAGUGGGUUUGCAAACUAGAUGGGAGUUGGAGAAAAGUAAUAUUUACUUUCAGUGCCAGCAUGCUAAUUUAGGAGCAAGAAUAGGCCACUCGGCCCCUCGAGCCUGUUGCUUGUGACUGUAACCUUGGCUCAGCGUUCCAGUUGAACCCUGGCAACCUAUCACCCUUUGGCCUAUCAAAAAUCUAUCUACCUCUGCCUUAAAGUUAUCCAAAGAUUUAUGCUUCCACUGCCCAUUGACAAAGAAUGUUCCAAAGACUCAUGAUCCUUUUGGAAAAAAGAAUUGCCCUCGAUGGUACACCUCUUAAACGGUGACCCACGAAUUUAGAUUCUCCUACAAGUGGAGAUGUUCUUUCCUCAUCCACCAUCAGCACCUUAUUGUGGUAAUUUGCAACAGUUAGUUCCUGGGGUGGGAAAAACAGCUUAAACAGCAUAAAUGUACUUCCCAUACUUUAUGAAAACAUUUAAGCCCGUCAUUAAACUGUACCUGGGAUGAGUUUCCCCUCAGUGACUCUUGCUUGUUUCGAUUUAACUUCCCCUAAAAGAUGCUGCAGUUCUGGGAGGUGAUUGGCUGGUUUCUGGGGUCUACUGCAGGGGGUGGGUGAGGCUGGGACUGGACGGACUGGAGACAACCCUGGAAACUCUGGAAGGGAGCCAAGGGAGAGGUUGGAAUGUGGGAAUGAAUCGGCCAAUCUGGUCCUUGUAAAGGCUCCUGCAGUUUCCUCAGUAUCACGGUUUAGGUGGGGCCCUUGCUGUAGUGUUGUUGGACACUGAUUCUUGCCACACCAGUGGCAAUAUAUUGGUUAUAGACAUAGAGCAAUACAGCACAGAUACAGGCCCUUUGGCCCAACCAGUCCAUGCUGACCAUGGUGCCCACCCCCCCAUCCCAAUUUCCUUCAUUUGCCCCAUAUCCCUCCAAGCCUCACCCCUCCAUGUACCUAUUCAAAUGCUUUUUAAAUGAUACUAUUGUACCUGCCUCAACCACCUCUUCUGGCAGCUCGUUCCAUAUAUUCAUCACCCUCUGUGUGGAAAAAGUUGCCCCUCAGCUCCCUUUUAAAUCUUUCCCCUCUCACCCUAAACCCACGUGCCUCCCCCCUCCCCCCUAAUUUUUGACUCCCCUACCCUGGAGAGAAGACUGUUACCAUCCACCUUCUCUCUGCCUCUCAUAAUGUUAAACACUUCUAUGAGGUCGCCCCUCAUUCUGUUUUUAAAGGGGUUUAAUUUUGAAAAGGAGUAUCUAGUUUAAAGUGAUUCCCAUUUUAAGUAUUCUUUCCUAAAAUGCCAUUAGCUGUAGAUGGGGGGGGUGGAUAAGAAACCUCUGCCCCCAUCCCAUUUCUCUGUGACUCCCUAUGUUCUGUGGGUGAAUCGAGAAGCUAUGUCAGGGAUUUGAGUUCUGUCACCUUCCCUCACUCUCGUGCUCGCUCUCUCUUGCUCUCAAAGUUUGAAUGGCGCUUUGACUUCUCCAGUUGUUUUUUAUUGGAUCUUAUUCCACGGUUAUGUCAGAAAAGGUUUCGGAAAUGAACAAAUUACUCUCCCAUUAGCUAACGCCACGCAUACAAGAAUGGUGAGCUGGGAUUAAAAGGAAGUUUUUAUACUCGCAAACAAAAAAGCUCCAAAAGUGGCUUCGUGCUUAUUUUUUUCUGAAGUUGCAAAUUAGGUUAAAAAGCAGGAAAUGCUUGUCAGGUCAGGCAGUGUCUGUGGAGAAAGAAGCAGUUAAUAUUGAGCUUCAAUGACCUUUCAUCAGAUCUUUAAGCCUCCCUGGUGUUCAUGUAGUGGGAGGAAGAAAGCAGAGUAUUGUUGCCAAGAUGACUUCCAACCCCUUCAUAAUUUCUUUUUAACUGGGGCACAUAAACGUCACCAACCACCUAAGAGGGACCUAUUUACAAUGAAGAGCUGAUAUCACCAGCAACUUCUGCCUAAUGCGUUUCAUUACGCUUUGGGGAACCAUUGACUUUUUUUUUUGGGAUUGUGGAUUAUCCAGAGACAAAGUCUUUCUCAGAAGUCUCAGUAGCAUCACUGAGGAGAAUUUCUGCCAAACCUUCCCGAUGUUCUGCUACCCAUCCCAGUUAAAAAUGCUCCUGCUGGUUUAUCAGCAGCGCUGAUGGGAUUAACUGCAGCUUUCCCUUGUGUUGCCUUUUGGCUGUUGACCUACAUACAUGCGGUCCUCUUCUUAAUAUUAGUUACAUUUUCUUCCUUUGAGAUUCUGAUCUGGUUGCUAUCUGCCAGAUUAUUGUAUUUUUUUUACAGAAGUAUAAUAAAGUUGUGAAGUCAAACUACUGCA